AUGACUUCGAUCGGCAACCCUCAAGAUCGCACACCUCAGUCCGCACCUCCUCGAUCAAUCCUCCCCUCACACGCCGCAGCGACAGCUCUCAUCCACAUUCUCCUCCCCCCAGUCAGUUACCGCAUUGAAGAAGAGUCUGUAAUCCUUGAGCUCGGCAAUCGACACCUCACCGCUGGAUUUGCUGGUGAGCAGUACCCACGAUGUAGACUGGGUUUUGGUCGUGAAGAGUCGCGAAGAGCUGGGGAUUACAGAAAGUAUUUACCCGGCUACAGUGAAAGGGCGACGAAGAGGAGACGGCUUGAUAACUGGGGCGAUGAGGCAGAGCUCUGGCGCCUGGACUUGAGGAGUUUGGAAUUGGGCAUUGUCCAUGACAAGGUUGAGCGAGCAGUGAGGGAGGCAUACAACAAGUACCUAUUGCUGGACUCGAAGUCGAGGAAAAUAUGUCUGAUAGUGCCCUCGGUGCUGCCGCACCAGUUGCUCAAUACUAUAUUGCAUACCCUAUUCGAGAACUUCCAGAUUCCCAGCGUGACUUUGCUCUCUCCGCCUAUCAUGUCAACAGCAGCUGCUGGGUGCAGGUCAGGUCUCGUUGUUGACAUUGGGUGGAGGGAAACGAUCGUGACCAGCAUCUACGAUUACCGAAAGAUCAGACAGCAUCGUACUAUUCGUGGAAUGCGAUUAGUCACUAGCAAAAUGGCGCAGUUACUGCAUCGUGCAAUACUGCAGGAUAGUCAGAAUCCCGUUGAUGUGCCAGAUUCUGACAGUCGCAAAGACGAGGUUUCCGUUGACCUCGAGGAGGCAGAAGAGGCAACGGCAAGAAUAGCAUGGUGCAAUCCACGGCAAGGCUGUUCCGACAAGGACCCGCCGUCGGACACAUCACUGAACGACCUCACGCCCACUGAAAAACCGACCACGCCCACCCCCAAAUCUGCAACGCUAACAACAAUACCGCACCCUCACUCCCCGCGGUCGACCCUCCAGAUCCCCUUCACGUCUUUCGCAAUCCCAGUCGAGUCCACCCUCCUCAUCCCGCAGACACCCCGUUUCGACCACGAUGACCACGACCAGCCUCUCCCGCAUCUAAUCUACAAAUCACUCCUCUCUCUACCUCCCGACGUCCGCGCAACCUGCAUGUCGCGCCUGAUCUUCGUAGGCGGAGGCUCCCAUAUACCUGGCCUCAAGUCCCGACUUGUCAGCGACCUCAAAGCCAUGAUUGACAGAAGAGGCUUCGACGGAGUAGAAGGCAAAGCUUCUGACGAGCGGAAACGUCGCAUACAAGAGCUCAGUGCCAAAACACCAACAGAGUCUACCAAGGGUGAAGAAGCGGAAGCACAGACGAACGAGAAAGGCGCAAAAGUGCCGGCUUCGGAACAGCCGCAGACUAUUGACGACAUAGACGUGAACCUGCAGAAAGAACGCGACAAGUACGCCAAGCCUGCUGUCGCUGGCGUUGUAAGAGCGGUGGAGUCGUUGGGAGCCUGGGCAGGCGGCAGUCUGGUGGCUAGUCUGCGCAUCAGAGGGAUUGUGGAUAUUGAAAGGGACACGUUUUUGCAAUACGGCAUGGCGGGGGGGUUGAGGAGGGAGCUGGAGCUUGGGCAAGGCGCCCAACAGAGGAAGAGCUAUGUUGGUGAUAUGGGGAGGGGGAUUGGUGACCCGAGGGGGAGUUGGACGCUUGGUGCUUGGGCUUGA